GCGUGUGUGUGCUCCGUUGUUUUGGUUCUCAGUUUAAGGUAAGAAACUCGUUCCGAGUUGCUGUAAAAAGAGAGAAAUUCUUGUCCUUAAUUUUAAUUACAUCCUGCGCGACAAGAACAAACUGCACUCUCGUUAUCGCGAGGCGUGUUUUUUUCGGAAUGACCUGUUUACAUGACACGUCUUAGCCGCAACAGACGUGACAAACGUAAACAAAUCACUUGGUCUUGCUGCUACAGCCGCUGCCAUCAAGGAUAACGCGAGUGUAAGAAGUUAGGAAACGGUGAUUGAAACAGGAUCAUCCAACAGCGAAGCCAUGCUACUGUAAGGCACCCGUGCCACCCUCUAGUCACACGACCCAUCCUUGUAUCCGUGUCCGGCGGAUGCGUUGUGCGACCUGCUCCGUUUAGUAGCUCCUCGAAGCCGGGUUUGUCGUUUUGUUUUCCGCGGGUGGACUGCUUGGUGCACCCUAGGGGAUGAUCGUCGAGCUGGUCAUGAACAGACUGCGACAGCUGCUGUUGGCGCUGAUCGGGGUGCUGAAACGUGCGAUGUGUUGCUUCUCGCGCCGCCGACAUCACUCCAACAGCGAGUAUGAGGCGCUCAGCUCAAUAAGCGUGGACCAAAGCAGCGCAGUGAGUUCGGGGAACGCACUGAACGUGGACCCGGUCCGGCCUAAGCACCUGUCGGAGAAGGACUGGAACACGUGGGAUGAUACACCCAGUACGGUUGAGGAGCAUAUCGAGCGAUACAGAGAAACGCUCGCCCAGCCGCCACCGGUGCCGGAAGCGCCGCCCGAGGUCGACUAUUUCCAGGAUAUGGCGCCGCAGAUUCGGGCGCAGCCGAAGAUCUGCAUCACCCAGGAAACCGAGACGCGCGACUUUAGCCGUCUGACGGCCAAGAUUGACAUUCCAGUGGUGAAUGAAUUGGAAGAUUGGAACGAGGGCGACCGGACCGGUUGGGAUGAAGCGGACGAAGUGGCCACCAAACAGCUGAUCAGAGAAACGAGGAAAGAGCGAAGGGCGCAACGGUAUCAGGAUCGCCAACACCAGGCGGCAGAGACUAGCCACGCUUGAGCGUCUACACCCCGAGAAAGUUUGGUUAGCAGCGUCCUAGCUCCUUGCUUGCGCGUAACCCUAUUAAUGUACAGACGUUACCCCCCUUCGAUUGCAUUUCAUAUACCACAAGUUCUGUACUUAGUGGUGCCGUGCGUGUUUUCGUUUUAAUUUUUAUAUUCUGAAAUUGUAUGAUGCUGCAUUCUGGAUUGAAGAGUGAAACGUGCCGAUCCGGUGAUGAUUUCGGCUAUACAACACAACACAGUGCAGCCCUUCUCUGUGGUAGUGCUGGAGGGACGAUACACGGGACAUGCGAGCAGACAAAGUGCAGGGGGAGGCGGGGAGGGGGCUAUUAUGAUAGUUUAAGAACCUUCGUCUAUGGUGUCCACCUCACACGGUCCAGGUUCGAACCUUUAACCGAAGGUAGCAGGGGAAUUUCAUGCCGACUUUUGGGCACAUUGGUGCUCGCCGGGUUAUUGAUAAACCAAGGGAGCCGAUAACCGAGAUCCGAAGACAAACAGCCGUAAACCAAACAAAAAUGAAUGAACUCUACUACUUUCGGGUAUGUUGCUCUUUUUUUUUGUUUAAAACUAUCAACUAUUUUUCAGAAAUGUUUCUUUUAAAAACGUGUAUCCAAUAAAAUGUUAUGUUAAAUAUGUUGA